AAUGCUUGUUUUUGUUGCUGCUUCGUAUCUUCUCAUUCUUUCACUACGCAGUCGGCGUGCCGUGAAGAAGCAUUACGAGGAAAAGUGAGAAAAUUUGUUGAGACGCCACGCGAACGAGUGCAGAAGGAAGAGAGGCAAGAAUGAAGGACGUUGUGAUUGACCUGCAUGUGAGAGAGUCGAACAAAGGGGCCCGAAAUGGUGUGACGGACUAUCGCAAAUCGAAGGAGAUGGGCCUACCUGCGCGCUUCUUGUUCGAGUGCAGCAUCAAGCUGAACCAGAAGCCCCUGACAUCCGCUAUGGCGGCCAUAGUCUUCCAUCGCUUCUUCAAGGAGGCCGACAAAUCGGACUACGACGAGUUCCUGAUCGCCGCCUCGGCUCUCUACCUGGCCGGCAAGCUGAAGGACGACCCUGUAAAGAUCAGGGAUGUGAUCAAUGUGACGCACAACACGCUGAAUCGCGGCGCCACGCCACUGGAGCUCGAUGACGAGUACUGGGCCAUGCGAGAUGCCAUCGUCCAGGCGGAGCUGCUCAUCACGCGAAUGCUGAAGUUUGAUCUGUCCACGGUGCAUCCGCACAAGUACAUGCUCCACUAUAUGAAGUCCCUUCAGGGAUGGCUGGGCACGCCUCUGUGGAACGCCACUCCCAUCGCCAAGACCUCGGCUGCCUUUCUCCAGGACUUCCAUCACAGCCCUGAAAUCCUCAACUACAAGCCUGCUCACAUCGCUAUCUGCUGCCUAUCGCUGGCUAUGCAAACCUAUGGCGUCCAAGUGCCACUCACGAAUGAGAGCGAUGAGAACACCAAUUGGUAUCACGCUUUCGUGAAUGACUUGUCCAAGGCGCAGCACUGGGAAUUGUCUGAGAAGAUCCUCAAGAUCUACGAAACCACCCGUGACGAGAGCAAGUACUACUGAAGAAGAUGCUACAUUCCAGACUCUCCAUCCUUCGGCACAAUGUCUCCAUGCGUCCCUGAGUGCUUCCCGGUCACACGAAUCCGGAAGAAGUGACAAAUUUUCUCAUUUUCUCCUCUUGCUUUUUUUUUUAUUAUGCUUCUAAAUAAAAUACCCUGAUUGGUAUUAACAAGA